ACUAAAUGUGAAGUGUAUUGUUUCAAAUGCAAUAGCGCAUGACCACUCGUCCCAAUUUGGUCAUAACAUGGUGAAUGCUCUAGAUAUAUCUGCAGCAUUAUUCAUCAGUUUGGGGUUGAUAACUAUAUUCAUUUGGAUAUUUUUAUCCGUGUGGGAUCGCAUAAAAUGCUGCGGCACAAAUCCUCUUGAUUGUUGUCGUGGAAAUAUCGAUGGCGUAAGAGAUACAAGGUCAAGUGUGAGUGGUUCAGCAGAAAUAUUCAGCGUUACGACAGGCAAUCUUAGUGAAGUUUGGGAAAACAAUCCUCCAUCUUAUUCCUCACUUGAAGGAGAUUUUUCAACCUGGAUCAUUGAAAUUGAUGAGAUAAACGAUACUGAAACUCUAGAAGAAAAAGAUGAACAGUCGGACGAACUACCAACGUAUAAGGAUGUAGUAAGCGAAACACAAACAUAUUCAAAUAGAAGCGCAGUUGACGAUGAUGCAAUCAAGUGA